AUGGAAGCGAUCAAGCAAACUAAUGUCGGAGGUGCCUUCCCAGAAAAGCGUAAAGUUCAACAUCAGAGCACCAAAGGUACAAGAAAAUAACUUGACGUAAAAUUUUCAUUAAAUUAACUUCAAAUAAGAAGAAUGAGUUUUAAAAGUAACGAACGUUUGCAUCCUGAAAGCCCUCGCUCUUAAGCCAGUUUCUCUAGUUAAAUCAUCAGGAAACUCCUGGUAACUCGAAGUUCAAAGUUUGAGUUUUAAAAAGGAAAUUAAACACCGAUAUUAGUAGUAACCUAGAUAACAAUGUUUUUGAACAGCGUUUCAUUCAAUUUUUUAAAAGAUGCUUCGCCAAGCAAAAUGCACGUUUUUUCUGGUUCUCAGUGGAAACCGGCGCGCCUUCUGCAAAAUUGUCGUAAGAACGUACACAGAAAUUGGUUUAAGCUAAAAUGCAUAAUACCUGGCCAGUUUAUAUACAUCUCGUUGAAUAAAAAAAGUUCCACUGUGUUAUGCCUUAUUGUUCAGAUCAAACAUUUGCCCCGGCAUGUAAAAUAAUUUUGAAAUUCUGGGCACGUAUCACUGUUGCCAAAACUCGCUGGACCGCAACAUAUUUUCUAAAUUCUCAAAAUUUAGAAAUGCUUUUAUGUUCGGAGUCCUUUCAGAGCCGGGAAUAAAAGCCUGUUUAAACAGUUUUUGAUACCUUUUCCAAAGUUCUUGACGACGCCUUGAUGAGUUGGUGCAAGUUUCUGAUUCGCUUUUAUUUUAAGUUGCAUUACACUCCAACACGUUUAUGGCAACCCAUCCAAACUGCCUCGGCAACAUUCGUUCAGAAUUUGGUUCAACAAAUGUUGAAAAAGAGUUGAAACCGUGUUGCUUUCUUUGUUUUUUUAGCCCCACUGUCUUGCGCUGCUGAGAUGCGUGCCUUGCCAGCUGCCUUCUCUUUGGCUGAACCAAUGAAAGAUCCUGGUAAUCAAAUGCCAACAGCCUCUUACACAUUUGGGAAGGAUGCAAACUCCUACAGUGACUGGGAUUCGUAAUCGGCAGGCCAGCGACAUAUUUAACAUCAGCAGUACGAAGAAAGAAGAUUUAAAAUUAAACUCUUGUGACUGAAGAAUAAAAACGC